AUGGCAAUCUUCCCCUGGAGACGACACCAGAAGACAAAAGAGCUCCAGAAAUACGCCCUCGGGAAACGCGGCGAUACAUACUACAUCAGCACCAAACCCGCCGAGCCUGUCCGCCGCUCCGAUAUCUGUAUCCUCAGGGAAGGAGAGUGCAGCAAUUCCACCAACAAACACAGCUGCACCGUGAACCAGACUCCCGAGUCCGAGUCAGGAGAAACAGAGCAUACCCUCUCGUCCUUUUGGGUCACGUACAGGCCGGCCGUCCAUCCCAGCCAGACAAAGAUAAAAUACAAAGCCUAUACCGUCAAUUUAUACGAAAACUCGCGGUUCCUGAAAGCCGAGGUCCGGAAUCAUGUGAAAGUGUACACGGCUGUCCAAGCACUUUGGCUUCAGUUCAAAGCAGCAGGGUGGACCAGGUGCCCCCGUAUCGGCGUCCCGAGGCCUGCCGCAAGGAUCUUUGCCCGGGGCCGUGCUGGCAUCACCGACGUCCCGGUAGGGCUCAUGACACGGACUAUUCCGGCCCUGAAUCCUCAACAUUGCAUGCCCCUGGUCAAGGCAUUUCUGGACCUCACGAUCAGGAGGAGGGUCAUGAACGAUCCCUGGAUAUCAGAGGUGAGACUCAGGGUCCGGAUGGGUGAAAUGUCUCCGCCCAACGACCACCUGAAUCCACAGCUCCUGUUCCGCCCUGUUUACUUCAACCAGCUCCGGCUCGAAGCAGGUAAACGGGCCGUCUUGCGCUGGGUGGUGGGCAUGGGUGUGAUGCUGACCACCUUUCACUGGAGCUGUGGCCUUGACGGCGAGGGUGUCAACUUUGUUCUCGGCUGUUGGAAGAAUUCCAAACCGUGCUUGUGGGCGACCGAUUUCGGUGAUUGCAAGCCCAUGAAGCCCGAGGGAUGGAAAUCACGGCAGUGUUUGGGUGCAAUCAUGGAUAACCCGACAUGGCCACGACCUGCUUUCGCCCCCAACUUCAUCCCUGACGGAGAUCCUAACGGGGCCAUGGGCAUUGAGCGGGCGUGGAAAAACUUUGUAGAGGGCUACAAACAGGCGGGUCGGAUAAUCCUAUAUAAACAAAACAGGUUAUCCGAGAUUGAAAGCCCACGUCGCUUUGUUAACAAGCUUGAAUCGGCGUGGAAGAGGCGACAGGGUGGCAGCGACGUUGAGAGCUUGUCUGGGUCAAGCAACUCGUGA